AUGGCUUCGGAAGCUUCAAAGCAGGUGCAUCGCAUCACCAUGUUCAAGAUCCCGGACCCGAGCAACAUUCAACCUAUUUUAGACAAGUACUCAACAAUGGCUCAAGACGCAAAGAAGGACGGCAAACCAUACAUUCUCCGAUGCGUAGCUGGACCGGCAGUCAACGAUGCAAGAAGCCAGGGCUACACUCUGGCCGCGCAAACGACGUUCUCGAGUCUUGAUGACAUGAAGUAUUACGACAACGAGUGCGAGGCUCAUGCGGCGUUGAAGGCAGUAGCAAAGGGCAAGGUCGAGCCCCCGCCAUUGAUGGUGUGUUUCGACAAUGCUGUUGGUACAUCCUCUUGA